UUGAUUUGGUGGAUCAAAUUUGUAUAAUUGAAGCUGCUUAGUGAAAGUCUAGGGUUAGGGUUUGAGUUUGGAAAUUGUUGAAGAUGUGGCACGAGGCCAGGAGAUCGGAGAGGAAGGUGCACGACAUGAUGGACGCGGCUCGAAAGCGAGCACAGAGACGUGCCGUCUUUUUGGCGAAGCGGCGCGGCGAUCCUCAGCAAUCCAUUCAGGUUAUCGGGUCGCGUUGUCGCAUCUAUCGUGACGAUGGCCUCUACCAGGCCACUCAAGACCAGCAAGGCCUGAUACCUUGGAAUGGAAAACAGGAUGUUAUGAUUGACAGAUUUGAUGGGCGGGCUCUUCUAGAUUUCAUACGGGAACCUGUGAAACGUUUACGUGCGCAAGAAAAGUCAGAAGAAGAAGAAGAAGUAGAAGAGUUUGUUAAUUUUGAGCGAUAUCGGGAUUUAAUUAAGCAUCGACGUAGAGGAUUUACAGAUGAGGAGGGUUUGCAGCAUGUAAACCAAGAAAUGGAAACAAAGGCUGCUGCAUUGUUUGCUUUGGACAGACCUCCACCGUCACAGCCUCCUGUGAGUAAGGGUUCAUAUUCGCAAGUUGGUUUCUCGUAUGAUGGAAAUGGAAACGAGGAUACCAAUUUUUCAGAUGAUGAAGACGAUGAAGAUGAGGAGGAGGAUGAGGAGUACUUCAACAGUGAUGAUAGCAAUGAUGAAGGAAUGGAUAAGAUAGCUAAAGAAUUUGGAGUAAAAAGGUAUGGUUGGCUUGUGUAUAUGGAUAAAAAGGCUAAAGAGGAAGAAAAAAGACAAAAGGAAGCAAUCAAAGGUGAUCCUGCAAUUAGGAAGUUGAGUCGCAAGGAAAGAAGAAAAGCUUCUCAAAUAGAAAGGGAAAGGGAACGAGAAGCUGCACGGAUUACUGGAACACGUGUGCUCCAUCAUGAUCCAUACCGGGAGCCUAGAAGAAGUCCAACUUAUGAAGCUUAUCCUCGAUUUCGAAGAUCAAGAUCACGAUCUCGCUCCCCAUCAUACUCGAGGCGCCAUGCUCGUGGGGGGCAUUCUGAUGAUUUGCAUCGAGGCAAAUUGAGGACCCCUAGAAUAGAGUAUAUUACUGAAUUUGGGGGCACUGGCGAUGGGGAUGCACCAAAGCUUGAAGGAUUUUCUCCACCACCAUCUCCAACCCGGGCGGAUGUUUUGAACCGGCCAGCAUCUGGUCAUAUCCUUGAGGCAUUGCAUGUUGAUCCAGCAUCUGGUGUAUCCCUUGAUAAGGAAAAGGUCACAAAAGUUCCAAAACCAGUAGUAAGCUCAUCUUCAGCUUUGUCAAAGUUAACCAAGUCAAGUGCUUCUGGUGGUUCUUCAAAACAACCAUUGGGUGAGAAGAAAGAAACACCUCAGGAGCGGCUAAAAAGGAUUAUGAGCAAUCAGUUGAACAAACAAAUUAAGAAGGAUACGGCUGCUGAAAUGGCUAAGAAACGGGAGCAAGAGCGGCAUAGGCAGGAAAAACUUGCUGAAACAAGCCGAUUAAGUACCAGGCGACGAAGUCGUAGCCGCAGCAGAAGUUAUAGUCGUUCUCCUCCAAGAAGAUACAGGUAUAGCAGAAGUCCAAGUAGGAGCAGAGGCUCUCGAAGAUAUUAUUCUCGAUCACGCUCACCCACUUCUCCUCAGACUCGUUCACGUACUCGCUCUCGAUCACCCAGGUGACCAGGGUAAAAAGCCAUUCAAGGCACUGAGAGAGGAGUAUUGCAUGAUGUUUGUGGUGUGCCUGGUUUCUUUUUUCGGAAGUAGCUGUAUCCAUGUACUUAAAAACAUAGACACUUUAUGUUGUAGAGGUAGAAAGUAGGGAAAAGUGUGAAUCAACAAUGUUCAUGGGUAAACGGUUUGAUUGCUUUACGUAGUUGAAUCUAAUAUAAUGAAAUUGACCAUUGGGAUA